UUUGCGAAGGAGAACUCAAGUGGCGGGGAAUAGGGGAGGAGGAGGAGCCAGGCGGCUCAGUCUCGUCGUGGCUAUCGAUUUAAAACCAAUCAGAAGGUGGGAGGAGCGGCACUCGGGGGGCGUGGUCUGGAAAUGGUGAACACGAUGCCACACCCCCCCCGCUUUCCCACCCGGCAGCGGAUUGGCUUCGGCAGUUUGAGUGACAGCUUCAGCCAAACAAAACCCACCCAGAGAAACAGCGAUUGGUUACAAACUGAAGCACAGAUCUCCAGCACCAUCAUCUCCAGCUUGACUCCGCUUCGGAUAACGGACCUUGACAACGAACCAUUCCCCCGUCAUGAUUGGCCACCGCAGACUCCUCCUCCUCCUCCUGUGGACGGUCAUGUUGCUCAUGGCGACACUGUGCCCCGGUGUCCAGCCCAAGCGUGGGGGCGGAGGCAGGGGCAGGGGCAAAGGGGUGGGCCUGGGCGCGAAGGCCCCGCCCUCUCAGAGCCGCGGGUCCUCCAGGCAGGGCCUGAAGCUGGCGGGGGCGGCGGCCGCCGGGGCGCUGGGCGGGGCCGCGCUGGGGUACGGGCUCGGCUCCCUGGGGCGGCCCCGCUACGGCUACGGCUACGACGGCGACUCGUCCGAAGAGGACCGGCGCUUCUACUACGCCAACGGGCCGGGCUACCAGAACCGCUCCGACUGGCGCCAGUACAGAGGGGCCUCCAGCGCCGGACCGUUACCCAGCGUGCCCCUGGUUCUGGGGUCGGUGGCGUCGGUGGUGCUGGGCAACUGGAUCAAGGGGAUCUGAAAAGGUCCUCUCUUUCAGCACUAGCGAAACUACGACCACAACUCCCCCUAGCAGCGGGAGGACCAACCGGCUCAAAAUGGAACACCAGUGCAGGUGUACCGGGCCAGGCCUCCAGCCUGAUUGCCUUCUUACUAUACCUGCCCCUACCACCCCCGUUUCCUUAAAGACCCUGAGUAAUUACCUUUCUAUACAUUUAAAGUGUAUGCUACGCCUUAAGAAAAAUACAUAAAUUUACAGAAAAAUGACCAUAGUUACCUUUUACAAAUGUAUAAAUAGGAAGACAAUAAAAUGUCCUUUUGACCUAAAGCGAAGUAUUUCUCAACAGGAGAGCUAUAGAGCUGGGGGGGGGUCAUGUUCCAUCUGUAAUGAAUAUUCACGUUGGAUAGAUAGCCCAACAAACAGACUCGCGUUUGCAUUGAGUUUGCUAGCUGGUAGAACAUGCAAGGGGAAAAUAAACAACACCAACCCUUACACACAAAUUCAUGGAGGUGCCGAUACUAGUCAAUCUCAGUGACAGGACCACCACCACCGCCUCUGCCUCCAGAGCAGGAUCCUGUCUGGGUAGCUAGCAAUUUAGGACAGCAAGCUAUUGAUGCCUGACAACUGUUGUUUGUCAUCAAGCCCUUCUAUGAAAGUCCUUACAGUAAAUUUAAAAAAAAGAUGUUAGAUUACUUUCUAGUUCGCUUAUUUUCAUUACACUAUACGAUAAGUCGUAUCAUGUCAUGUCCAGAAUGAAUAUGUUGAUACAGUCAACAAACAUGAUUCCUGUAACAUUAGUCCCUAUAGUACAGUCAGUACUGGUCAAGUGCUAAACAAGCAUAUUAACAAAUUUAGGCAAUGACUGCUGAUUGGUGAACAAAAAAAAUCUUGUUGAUGACAUCAGUUCUUCAUCAACCAAUACCAAAUCCUUCAACAAUAUCCUUUCAGGAUUAUUAAGAAAUAAAUAAAUACAUAAAAUAAAUGAAAACAAAAUAACAAGGGCUUGAUGUGAUAGUAUUUAUUUUCCUUGGUUCUUUGUUUUUAAUGUAAGCAUAAAAAAUAACUAUUUUGAUUACACAGGGUCUUUAAACACUUUUUAAACAUUCUAUAUCAAAAGAAAACAUUAGUGGGUGUGUACAUGUGUUACACUUCUGGAUAAUGCUAUUUUGUAUUUAUGACAUUCUUUUUUGAAUACGGUAUCUUAAGAAUAUUAACUAACGUGCUUUGGUGUAUUUACAGUAAGAGUUUGGCACAGUUUUAAUCCGAGUGGUUUGUGUGUGUUUUUUUAUUUAUUAUGAUUUUGGCUGUUUUCUGUGUGUGUGUGUGGGCGUGUGCGUGCCUGUGUGUGCACGUGCGUGUGCGUGUGUGCAGAAAUGUGCAGUUUACAUUUCAGUUAUUUUUCUUUUAUAUGUAAUGUAUCGCUAGCAUAAGGCACGAGGCCAACUCAAACACACGUAUACUUCAGUACUUAUUUUGUGUUCGGGUGAUUUAUUACAUUUUGUGAAGUCCAAAGUUUUUGUGAAGUCCAAAUGACUGUUUACAAUACUCUUCAAACACAUAUCUGCCCUGCAUGUCUAUGCUUUGAGAAAUCUUGUCAUAUGCUCUUCACAUUUAACCUUGGGUUUGUUUUAAUAGAUUUCGAGUGAGGUUCCAGUCAAAUACAGCAUGUGUAGUGGAAGAAAGGCCAUCCUCUGGACGUUGUAUUUAUUACGUUAACUCAUCACAAUUCAGUGCAUUUCAUUAUUUCAUGAACACAGUGAGAAUCUUAUUCAAAGCGCAAAUAACUGCCCCCUUAAUAGCUGUGUUAUUGCUUACAAUUAACAUGUAGUGAUAUGGCAGACGCUUUCAGCCGUGCAACUGCUGGACACAUUUAGAAUCGAAUCGGUGCUGCCGCUGAGACGCGCGGCACAAGCGUGAAGCCAACGGGCAUCCCUUUAUUCAGCAUCCUAUCAUUGCGCUUGAUCUUGCCCGAGCUCAUUACAAUUGUAAAUGCAUUAUUACAUCAUAAAUGGGCCUGCUCUGCUUUUCCUUGUGCUCUGUGACAAUCCUGUUGUGAGCGACGUUAUUCUGUUACAAAGCAAGAGAUUGAAUUUGUUGCCAUUUUCGAAUAAAAAUAACUUUUUGCGGAAGAGAA